UUCACCAAGUCUGCAUACGUGCUAGGACCAUGUUUGGCUACCAUCAAACAGACCUGCGUUUCAUGUAAAGUAAGGAAAUCUUAGGAGUUGAGUACUUUGGAGGACUGUUUUGCCUUCUCAUUAAGAAUACGGACAGAGUCUGACUGUACAGAGGACAGCUUUCGACAAUGCAAAUUAUGGAGAACGACCAUUGGAGUGAUAACUGCACAGCAGAGAAUCUGCCACUGUACACAUUUUACGCCUAUGUGAUGAUCGUGGAAUUCAUCCUGGCUCUGCCGCUCAACCUCUCAGUGCUUUAUCUAUUCAUCUUCAAGCUGAAGUUCUGGAAAUCUAAAAGCAACAACAUUUUCCUGUUCAAUCUCGUCUUGGCUGACCUUCUUCUGCUAUUCUGUUUGCCAGUGAAGGCGUAUAAUUUCCUUAACGGGAAUAGGCGGAGUACAGAGGGAGGGACCUGCAAAGCCAUGCUCUUCAUGCUGUUUCUGAACCGAGGUGCCAGUAUUGCCUUCCUGACUGUGAUUUCAGUUGAUCGCUACUUCAGUGUGGUUCAUCCUGGGAAAAAUAACUUUACCAAGGCUUUAAAAAGGUCUCCUCAUAUCUCUUUGAUCAUCUGGCUACUGCUGCUCCCACUGACUAUCCCCACCAUGCUGAAGUCCUUUGAGUGCUGUAAUAGUUAUGGGCGGGUAGAAGACACUCUAGUCAAGGACGUCACUGACGCUCUGAGAGAGGUUGUGUUUUUCACCCAGAUUCUCAUCCCUUUCUUUGUGUUGGUCUACUGCACGGUCCGCAUUGUUGACAGACUCAAAAAGAAGACAGUAGGGGAUAGUACCAAGCUGCGCCGAGCAGCAUUUCUGGUCACCUCAGUUAUGCUGGUCUUCUCUUUCUGUUUCCUGCCUUGUACCAUAGCUAGAAUUAUUCUGUUGAUUGUGAGAGUUGAGAAUUUACCCAGCGCAGAAGAUAUAGUUGUUCAAGUCUUUGACGGUCUCAUGGUUUUAUCCUACAUGGAUUGUGUAGUGGACCCAAUUCUGUACUGCUUAAGCAGCACUAAGUUCAAAAGUCUCUACCUGACAACUUAUUGCCGCUGUCUACUGAGCGAAGAUGCACAAAUAGCUGAGAGCAUAAUCUCGACAGGAAACAACUCAAACCCAAAACGCAACAACGAUGUACUGUUGCAUAGUAGGUAAAAAGAGGAUAUGAAAAUGUCUGUUUUAUUACUGCAUUACGACUGUUCUCAUGAUAAGACAUUCAUGUUACUUUGCCAAACCAUUACGUGUUUCUGUUACCAUUAGUCAUCUGGUUUCUUUCACCAGUGAUGUCAUCAUGUUAAACAGCUCAUAAUGACUCUGUUGUUACUAAUUGUCUGGGUCAAAUAAAUAAUCUUCUCAA